AGGUGGGCAGGGUUGGAAGGCCCCAUGUUUGCUUUUCGAAUACAGGAAUAAAUGGCAAUACUCCAGUAAGACGGAGUUACUGAAGCUAAUGAAAGAAAAGAAGUCCUUAGUGCAAGGAGACAGAGCAUUGUACAAGUCAUGGUUCUCUUUGCUGCCUCUGAGGGACUUGAUAGAGUUUAUCACUGACUUUUCUGCAGACCUCUUGGACUGUCUUGUGGGAACUUUUCACAGAUUGAAGAACAUGGAAACUCGAACUCGAUGGGACUAUGAGGUGGAAAAAGAAAUUCUAGAGAAAGUGUUGGGCAAGCUGCAGAAUCAUCAAGACAGGAUACCACAUCAAGACACGUGGAACUCCUGUGUGACAGUCUGCAUAAAACUACAUCAGAUGAUAUGUAGUAGAGUCAAAUCAGUUACAUUCUAUAUGAUGCCUGUGAUGUCUGCUGAGAUAGUUUCAAAAAUCCUUGGACUUGCCCCUUCAGAGGAGAGUUCCAGAGAGAGCACGAUUCAGAAUACACCAGUGACAGUGUUCAACGGCCUUUGUAAAGAUACCAAAUCAUGGCUUGCUGGAGUUCUUCCAGAACGUUUUCUGAGAGGACGUUCAAUUAAAGAACUUGCUUUUUCAGAGGAACUUAUGGUAUGGAAUUGUUUCUUGAAAAUAAUUUUUUCUAAUGAGAAUUUCACAGAUGAGUGGGAAAGAACUUUAAUUUCAGAUUUGAGAAGCAGAAUCAAACAGGAAUGUGAAAUUCAACAGAUUAAAGCCUACUGUGAUUGCCAUGCAAAACUCAAGGAACUUCAUGCUCUGAUUGGAAGUACCUUUGAAAACUGUGCCAUUGAAGCUAUUAAUUUAGCACAUCAGACUCAGAAAAAUCUCCUUGAUGUGUUGUCUUCUUACAACCUGAACAGUGUGGGUACCCUUGUAUCUGCUGUCAUUGUAAAAUCAUGGCCAGCUGACAGACAUGGUGAACCUAUGAGUGACUUGGAAGGUGCUCUGGAUCAUCUUCUUGUCUGGCCAUAUAUCAAACAUCUUUUCAUCUUCAAUGGGUCAGGUGGUGACUUCUUGAAUCAACUUACUGAUGAAGCAAAGGAGCGAAUGACCAUUGCUGACUCCAUAUACACAAAGGUUGCCUGUGAACUCAAUUCAGGCGAUAUCCUCAUUAAACAUUUGGAACGAAUUUUGAAGUACAAAAAACAGUUUCUGUCUAUUUGGGAGCUAAAAAAUAAGCAUCUUUCAUCCAUGGAGAAAACAGAGCAAAAACAGACCCUAGAGAAAGUGCUUGAGUUGAGGUGUGAUGAAGUUGUCUCAAUCAAGAGGGAGCAAAAAAUCUUAGGAUCCUUCCUGGACAUGUGUAGGAAAGUACAAGAUUUUGUAAAAGUGGACAUUUUUGAACUUGAAGAGAAGCACAGUGAAAAUCUGGGCUCUAAAGCACUGAAUGAGGUUGUUACUGUGAGACAUCUGGGUCACCACAAUGAUGGUGCAAUAGAGACCUGGUACAACCUGAGUCCAGCCCUGAAGGAGGUAUCUGAAAUUGUGGAUAAUUUUAAGGAGAGCCAUAUCUUCCAGCAUUGCUGGGAAUGGGCCGCCAAAAACCUGCUGGGUGAUAACGAAGAUUUAACUGAUGAUGAGAAUGCCCCUUUGAAUCCUGAAGAUAUGCUAGAAGGCAUAUAUGAGCCUUGCUACCGUGAAUUCUGCCGACUCUAUUCAAGCCUGAAAUCUGGAACGCUCACAUUUGCUGAAGUGGGCAUUCUUUUCAAAGAUUUUACCAACAAUUAUGAGGAGCUAAAGAAGGAUUUGAGGAUUAUGUGCGAUCAGUAUCGUCGAGAUGGUGGUGAAUGGAUAGACGAACGGGUUCAGCAGAUCCUGCAGUAUCAUGAACUUCAUCUAGCUGUGGACUCUGCUAAGGUUAUUGAAAAGGUCAAGGAAGAGUUAAGCCUGUCUGGUGACUUCACAGUCUUACGACUUCUGCUGAACUUCACAGAUGAAUUCCAGUCCUUUCAACAAGAAAAACUCUCCUGCAUGAGUCCUGAAUUGAUACGUGCUAAGAAACGUCUGCAGACCAUCACUGAGCCCCGUCGCAGAUGCCUUGAGGAGCUUACUCUCAGGAGGGACUUCGUCACCUGGGUCAGAGAGGGGCUAGAAGAUAUAACUGAGCUGAAGGUAUUUGUGGAUCUUGCCUCUAUUUCUGCGGGAGAGAAUGACAUGGAUGUAGAUCGUGUUGCCUGUUUCCAUGAUGCUGUACUGGGCUACUCUUGUCUUCUGUAUGAGCUAAAGCAACAGUCUGGGUUUGGGGAGUUCAUGGAGUGCUUGAAGAAAUUGUGGAAAGCCCUGGAAAGUGACCACAGCCUUCCCCAAAAACUGCGGGAUUCUGCCAGAUACCUGGAAUGGCUAAAAACCAUAAAAGAGAGCCAUGGCUCUGUGGAACUGUCAUCUAUCUCACUGGCGACUACAAUCAAUAGCAAAGGAAUUUACAUAAUUAGAGCACCAGCGGAAGGCCAGAAGGUUUCUCUGGAUACGGUCCUGUCCCUGGUCAUCUUGGAAAGCCACGGUGGCCAAGAAGAGAAGCGAUAUUAUUCACUAGAGGAGCUGAAAGAAUUAAUGAACAAGCUGAUGCUAAUGUCAGGCAAAACAGAGCAAGGUGCAGAAGUAGACAAGUUUUCUGAGGUAUUUUCUGGCGUCCAGAGACUUGCACUGGCAUUCGUAAGUCUUUAUUCUGCUGGCAAUAUGCUCUUCCGAUCUUGGAUCACUAGCAUAUACUGCUCACCCAACAGCAAGUUCUGCGUUGUCAUGAAUUUUAAUUUGAAUCUCAUGCAAGACAUUUGUGGAAGCGGAAAAGUCAUGGAAGUUAUCCCAGCCUUAUGUAGAAAAAUGGAGUGUUUCCUGGAGAGGUGGGACCGUUUUAUGGCUGAAAAGCGAUUGCAGUAUUUCCACUUAAAUUAUUACAUGGAUGAGCAGCUUGUUUACUUGUGCAGAGAGCUUGGCUCAGAAUGCCCCAGUGAAGCUGCUUUAAUGAUGUUGUCAUUCAUAAAGCACAACUGCAGCAAAGAGGAUGUCCAGAAGGUCUCCAAACUGAUUUCUAGAAAGGCCGAGAGCAAUCUUGAGGACCUGUUUGGACUGGUGGUACUAGAGAAGGAGCUGACUGAACAACUGGAGCAGGUCUGGGAAUCCUUCAUGAACAACAUGAGGUCAUUCCUUCCAGACUGCUUGGACAUUGAUACGCUUGGCAUUUUCCUUGACUUUCUGGCAAGUAUGGAGAACAGGAGAGUUGUGCGAACACUCCCACAAGGCCUUCAUACUGACAGGCCCAAUCUCAUCCUUUGUCCUCACUCUGAAGUGUUGACCUCAGCCUUGGCCAUCUACAUGAACAGUCCUGAGCAGAUGCUGCCUUCCUAUGAUGAGGUCUUACUCUGUACACCACAAACCAGCUACGAGCAAGUGGCAUUGUUUUUGAGGAGAUGCCUCACCCCGGGAUCCAAUGAGAAGAAGAUUUUUGCUGUGCUCUAUGCAGAUGAAUUGAGCUACGAUGUCGGCUACAGAUCAGAGGAACUGUUCCGAAGUCUUAACUUGAAAUGCCAGAAUGAUUAUCACCUAGUGAUUCUGUGUAACUGUGAGAGAGAACACUGCUAUGUCCCUGCUGCCUUCAGUCAGUUCAGAGUUCACAUGAUCCCUCAGCAACCCCUGAAGGAUAUUCAGAGAUAUCUUGGGAAUCAUUACAGAGCCACACGUUCAUCAGCUUCUCUCUUUAAGGACCAAAUGUGUGUUGGGAUUGUAUCUUCCAAAAGAGCUGGAGUUGGAAAAUCUCUCUAUAUAAAGAGACUGCAUGAGAAAUUGAAGGCAAAACUUCAUGAUAAAAGAGUGCCGUUAAAAACCAUUCGGCUGAUAGACCCCCAUGUUGAUGAAGGCAAAGUGCUGAAGUCUCUCCUCCAAUUCACUAACCAUCAAUACCAGAAACAGCCCAUGAUUUUUCAUUUUGACAUCACCUCUUCAGUCCAAUCUGGAAUUCAAGAAUUUUUGUUCAAGCUUUUGGUUUUACAUUAUCUGGGAGAUAUGGAUGGGAAACUCUGGCUGCGGAAGCAAUGUCAUUUGUAUGUUAUAGAAAUUCUUGAAGCAUCUCCGUUACCAGAAAAACAAACAAGAUCUAUGUCUUCCGGAUUAAAAUACAACCUUCUGGAUGUGUUCCCUAAAAUCAUGUGUAGGCCUCCCAAGGAAGUACUAGACAUGGAGACCCUGAGGAACUCAUCCUAUGAUUGCUCAGACCCAGGAAUGGAUGACCGCAUUUUCCGUAGUGAGGCCUUUCAGAGACCAUUCCAGUACUUAUUAAGAUCCAGCAGAGGCAUUAAUCUUGAUACAUUUCAAUAUGAAGCUGGAAGUGUUGAAGGGACUGCAGUACAAUGCCUACAGUCACUGUUGAUACAUUGUGGAGUAAUAGAUCCUUCUUGGUCAGAACUGAGAAACUUUGCUUGGUUUCUAAACAUUCAGCUUAAAAAUUGUGAAACGUCUGUAUUCUGUAACCCUUGUUUUGUGCAAGAUACCUUGCAAGGCUUCAAAAAUUUUGUGGUCACGUUCAUGAUUUUGAUGGCCAGGGAUUUUGCAACACCUACACUUAAUAUUUCUGAUGAAAGCCCUGGAAGACAGUUCUUUGAUAUGGAAGGAGUCACUGAAGAAGAUCUCAUUCCAUACCUUAUUCGAAAAAAGUGGGAGUCUGAACCUCACCCUUACAUUUUUUUCAAUCAUGAUGGUAUAUCCAUGACAUUCAUCGGGUUUCAUCUCCAAGCCAAUGCUAAUGGUGGAAUUGAUGCUGUUAAUCCCUUGGAUGGCUCUGUCAUCAAAAGCAAUGUUAUGUCUGCUCAGCUGCACCAAGGACUGGUCCUUCAAAGAGUUCGCUUCAAUGUUAAUUUUGAUAAACUGCCUCGAGAUGAGAAAAUUGCAAAACUUUGCAUGGUUUUAGGAAUUGAAUGGCCAAUUGACCCUGAUGAAACUUAUGAGCUUACAACAGACAAUAUUCUGAAGAUCCUGGCUAUUGAGAUGCGAUUCAGAUGUGGCAUUCCAGUUGUCAUCAUGGGAGAAACUGGCUGUGGAAAAACCAGGCUUAUAAAAUUCUUGUGCGAACUACGUAGGUGCGGUGCUAAUACCGAGAACAUGAUUCUUGUCAAAGUCCACGGUGGCACUACUGCAGAUGCGAUCUACAGAAAAGUCCGGGAAGCAGAACAACUUGCUAUUAAAAAUAAGCAGCUUUGCCCAUUUGACACAGUCUUAUUUUUUGAUGAAGCCAACACAACUGCAGCUGUCAGCAGCAUCAAGGAAGUUCUGUGUGAUCACACAGUAGAUGGGCAGCCUUUGACUCACAACUCGGGCUUGCAGAUUGUAGCUGCGUGCAACCCUUAUCGUAAACAUACUAGACAAAUGAUUCAGCGCCUGGAAUCAUCUGGCUUAGGCUAUCGUGUUAAAGCUGAGGACACCAAGGAAAAGCUUGGCUCUAUUCCUCUUCGGCAGCUUGUAUACCGAGUCCAUUCGCUCCCUCCUAGUAUGAUACCUCUUGUGUGGGAUUUUGGGCAACUGAACAGUGUUACUGAAAAAUCAUAUAUUCAGCAGAUUGUACAGAGACUCACUCGCUCGAUAGAAAUGUCUACAGCUGACAUCAAGACAAUAACAGAAGUGCUUUUUAUCUCUCAGAUUUAUAUGAGAAAACGGAAUAAUGAAUGUAGUUUUAUCAGCCUCAGGGAUGUUGAACGCUGUGUGGAAGUCUUCAAGUGGUUCCACAGUCACAAUGAUCUUUUAAUCAAACACCUGGAAAAGUAUCUAACAGAAAAGAAACCGGAUUCAAACUUCAUCAAGAAAAACAUAAUUAUUUGGUGUUUGGUACUUUCAGUUGGUGUUUGUUACCAUGCUUCCCUGGAAAAGAAAGAGGGAUACCGAAAAGUCAUCAGCGAAGUCCUUCCAGAGCCAUUUGAUAAUGAGAAGGGAAUUCUUGAAGAAAUCAGCUUAAUUCAGGAUCUGUUCUUGGAUGGUGCACCUCUGAGGGAAACAAUAGCGAGGAACCUGGCACUAAAGGAAAACGUUUUCAUGAUGGUAAUCUGCAUUGAGCUUAAAAUUCCUUUGUUUCUUAUUGGAAAACCUGGCAGUUCCAAAUCUCUUGCCAAAACUAUUGUGGCUGAUGCCAUGCAAGGGCAAGCAGCAUAUUCCGAGCUGUAUAAAGAACUGAAACAGAUCCAUUUGGUUUCGUUUCAGUGCAGCCUGCACUCUACUCCUGAGGGAAUCAUAAAUACUUUCAAGCAUUGUGCUCGUUUCCAAGAAGGGAAGAAUCUGAAGGAGUAUGUCUCUGUGGUAGUGUUAGAUGAAAUUGGUUUGGCUGAAGAUUCCCCAAAAAUGCCUCUGAAGACCCUUCACCCUCUCCUGGAAGAUGGAUGUGUUGAUGAUGACCCACACCCUCAUAAAAAGGUUGGCUUCAUUGGGAUAUCGAACUGGGCUCUGGAUCCUGCCAAGAUGAAUCGUGGUAUCUUUGUAUCCCGUGGAGACCCAAACAAAAAGGAGCUUAUAAGAAGUGCAAAGGGCAUUUGUUCUUCAAAAUCCGUUGCUCUGCAAAAAAUUGAACGGUUCUUCCCCAUCUUUGCAAAUGCAUAUGAAGAAAUUUGCAAGAACCAAAGUAAGGAGUUUUUUGGGUUGCGUGACUAUUACAGCCUCAUAAAAAUGGUUUUUGCUUUGACAAAAACAUCUAAGAGAGAGCCAUCAGUCCAUGACAUAGCAAAGGCUAUUCUCCGAAACUUCAGUGGCAAAGAGGAUGUCAAGGCCUUGGACAUUUUUAUGACUAAAAUCCCAGAGAAAGACGAUAUUAUUUCUGAGAACAUCGACACAAUUGGCCUUGUCAAACAAAACAUUCACAAUGGCUGUCAGGAUGGUGAAUGCCGAUAUCUGCUAGUGUUAACACAGAAUUAUGCUGCCCUUCAGAUUCUCCAGCAAGUUAUUUUCAAAGGUGAACAGCAGCCAGAAAUUAUAUUUGGUUCCAGCUUUCCCAAAGACCAGGAAUAUACUCAGAUCUGCAAAAACAUAAACCGAGUAAAGAUCUGCAUGGAGACAGGGCAAAUGGUGGUCCUCCUUAACCUCCAGAAUCUCUAUGAAAGCCUCUAUGAUGCCCUCAACCAGUAUUAUGUGCAACUUGCUGGUCAAAAAUACGUUGACUUGGGUUUGGGAACCCAUCGAGUGAAAUGCAGAGUGCAUCCAGAGUUCCAUUUGAUUGUCAUCGAGGAGAAAGAAGUGGUAUAUGAACAGUUUCCCAUUCCGUUAAUCAAUAGACUUGAAAAACACUAUCUAGAUAUCAAUACUGUGUUGAACAAAUUGCAAAGGGACAUUGUGGAAGAACUGAAGAAAUGGGUGAACAACUUCAUAGCAGUUGAUACAGAAAAGCAUUUUAUGGGCCAGCAAAAAUAUACUCCUUCUGAUGUUUUUGUUGGGUAUCAUCCUGACACCUGUGCCUCAGUGGUCCUGCAAGUGACAGAGAAGCUAAAAAAGGAUUGUCCUCAUGAAGAACUUGUGAGAAAAGUACAAAAUCAGGCCACAUUGGUCCUUUUGAAUUGUGCAACCCCAGAUUCGGUGGUCCGUCUUGGUAAUUCGCAACUGGGGGCCUCUCAAGCAGAUCGUUUGGCUAGAAUCUACUUUCAGCAACAGCAGCAUGUUUCUCUAGCUAAUUUCCUACGUACUUGCCUUCGCUCAGAGUCCAGGGAUUCCACAGUCUUCAAUGAGAUCACUACUUUCUCUAGGCUCCUAACAACAGCAGACGUGGAAACGUUGGCAGCAGAAGUACAGAGCAAUAUUGAGAGCAUCAAAGUUUUAUCCUUGCAGCAGUUUGACACAGAACAUUCAUUUCUGAAAGAAAUUCGGAAUUUCCUUGGCGUCAUACUUGGCAAUAAAAUCUUGAUUAUUCAGACUGACUUUGAAAAUGGAUCUCUCAGCGCACAGCUUGUAGCCUCUGCUAAAUACUCAGCUGUCAAUGAAAUCAACAAAAUUGAUUUGAACAAGGCCUCUGUUUUUGUGCUGUUCAUCACUAAACUAUCCCGAGUUGAAGGAGGAAGUUCCUACGUGGGAUUUCAUGGAGGGCUGUGGCAGUCUGUUCACAUUGAUGAUCUGAGGAAGUCCGAGGAUAUGGUCUCUGAUGUAACCGUGCUGAGGAACGUCACCAUCAGUCAGCUAUUUCUGGAGCAAAUGAGAGAGCCUGCAGAAAAUCUUGGAGUUGUAUUGCCAGAGAGAGUAGAUGAAAAAGAAGACAAGAUGGAAGCAGAAAAGUCAACAGCACCUGAACAAGAAACAAAUGCUACCCAAGUCUUAGACACCACCAUCCUUCUGAGGACCUGUGUGCAAAGUGCAGUGGGAAUGCUGAGGGACCAAACUGAAGGUUGUAACCGCAGCACUAGGAGAAUCGAAAUCCUCCUUAAUCUCCUGUGUGAGGAAGAUUCUUUGAAAGCCUCUUUCUUGAAGAUAACAAAGAACCGUCUCUUAAGCCUUCUGAGGGAGCAAGAGGAAAACUCCUGCACCAUGAAGGAGUGGGUGCUGCGGGAGGCAUCAAAUCUCAUUGCUCUCCAGGAAGCAGGAACUUUCAGGCGCACACUGUGGAAGCGUGUCCAGAAUGCAGUCACUCCAUUUCUGGCUUAUAUGAUAUCAGUCUUAGACAGAGAUGCUAACCUGGAUUUACUGAUCAAACCAACAGAAAACUGUGUGAAAGAUUUGUGGAUGUUCAUCUUCAAUGAUUUGAAACUUCUGAAUACCCCUUAUGUUAUUCGUCAAGGCAGCUCCCAGACUGAAACAAUUCUGGUGCAAAGUUACUUUCAGGGAACUCUGACUGCUGUCAAUGAAAUGCCCUUCAGCUGGAGGAUAAAAGAUUAUUUGGAGGACCUUUGGGCUCAGUCUCAGUACAUCACUACUGAUAAAGGCUCCAACGAAAAGUUUAUUGACAUAUUUCAGAAGACUCCACUUGGGAAAUAUUUUGCUGAGCUCACUGAAAAGGAGAGGGACACUCUUUUCCACUGUUACCUCAGGGACUUCAUCCUCCUGACAAUGGGUGUAUCUUCUCCUAGAGAAUUAGAGUUUCUCCAGGUUGCCCUGUUAUCAUGCAUUGAAGAAAUGAAGGCAGCCUCUUCCAGUGCAGACCAGAAUGUGCUGCCCCUUCCCUGGAUUCACCUUGGUUACUAUCACUUUAUGGGGCGACUACAGAACUUCUCUAGGAUUCUUGCUGUGCACCCUGAUGUAAUCAAUGCUCUAAGUGACCAUGCUGGGAGAGGAGGCAACAUCCCACGUCACCAGAUGGUGCUGGAUGUUCUAGCUGCCCUGGCCUGCACUGAAAUGUUGGAAGGAAAAAUGUUGAAAUGCAAGCCACAGACAUGGCUGCAGCUCGUGAAGAAUCUUCAGAUGCCAAUUGAAGUUGUGUGUGCAGCAAAUGAUUUAAAAAGCAGCGCUGGCCCAUGUAUGCCCUAUCUCCAGCAAGUCAGGAGUCAGUGGAAUCGGGUUUUCUCAGUAUCCCUCUUUGUGGAACAUGUGCUUAUUGGAGUAGAAACAGUGAUGCCAAAGAUGCGGGAUCUGAUAAAGAAGUACACUUCACUACUUGGCAAAUGUUUCCAGGGAGAUUCUGACAUUAAAACUCAUAAAACAUUCACUGCAGUGAUGAAAGUGUUGUGCCAAUGCAAGGAAGAAGUCGGCUCAAAAUGUUGCAGGUAUGGUUUGAAGCCAUGUCCAAUUUGCUUGGGAGAUCCUAGGGAUCCAGUCAGCCUUCCUUGUGAUCAUGUGUUUUGUCAGAAUUGCAUCAAACAGUGGUUGGUACCAGCACAGAUGGGCUGUCCAUUCUGCCUAGUCAGCCUGCCAGACGACUACACAGUGAAUGUAUCCAAGGAGCUCAGUGAUGUCAUCAACAAAAAUUCCAAAUUUCGCAAGUUUUGCAACAGCUUUUUUAUUGAUCUGGUUUCUGUGAUGUGUUUCAAAGACAAUGAGCCUCCAGAAAAAGCUGUGAUCGAAGAACUGUUGAGGUUGCUGUUUGCUCAUAAGGCGACUUUGAGAGGAGGCCAAAGGGGACAAUCCACUGUGCACACGAAAUCUUUGUCCCCUUUUGAUGAUGUGGUAGAUAAAACUCCUGUGAUCCGUUCUGUGGUUCUAAAGCUGCUUUUGAAGUACAGUUUCAACGAUGUGAAAUACUACAUGCAAGACUAUUUGUCGCAAGUGGAAAAGUGUUUCCUAGGAGAAGAUGAUAAAACAGAACUUUAUGCACUAUUUGUGAACUGCCUUGAGGAUUCCUUAUGUGAGAAAUCAGGGGCAUCCUCUAAGGAAAUCAAGGCAACCUUUCUGCGGGAUGAUGGCUUCUUCAUGGCUCAGUGGACCAGUCAGGAUAUCCCUCAUGAAGCUUCUAUUGAGUAUUUGCAGGGAGUGGCUCGCAUCCGGAUGUGCUUGGAUAGAGCUGCAGAACUACUGUAUGAAUUCCAUGGAACAGCAAAUGACUCUAAGGAACAAGAGAAGAUCCACUUGCAGAGAGUGAGGCAGUUUUGCCGUCAAAAUGACUGGUAUAAAAUUUACCUUGUCCGAAAGAUUACUAAUCAGUAUGGCCUGGAGUUCACACAAGGCCUUUCCAAAGAACAGCAGUGUCACUGGAUAUUUCCGACCGAAAUAAUUCAACAACAACUGAGGCAUCCGCCUGGACAAAUUGAUCGGUUCCUGGUGUGUGGCAAAAACUACAAAGUGAUGCGUGAUGCUGUGGGAAAAGCCAUGGUGGAAGGCCAGAUGGACAGCAUAGAAGCAGCCCUAAAGUUUUAUAAUGACUCCAGGCCCACCCAGCCUCUUCACUUUCUCUUGGCUGUUUUCAGAGAGUUUACAUCUCAGUAUGGGUGUGAGGACUCAAGGCUUCAUCCUACCCAGGAGCAACGUCAAGCUCUUAAAGAGUUCAUACAGAAUUCCAAAGUUCUUCCCUCUCCAGAACUUGCAGCAUUUGCUGAAUCUCUUGUGGCUAACAGACUCCCAUCCCUGACAGUAAAUCCACUGGAUUCCAGCCAACGGAGGGUAGUAAUUGAAAUGGUGGUUCAUAUUGGUGCUGUUUUGCUGUGUGGCCAGAAUCGAGUCAUUGAGCCUCUGAGAAAUCUGGCAUUUUCUCCCAACACUAUGCAGCAUGCUUUCCUUCCAACGAUGCCAGAAGACUUGCUGGCUCAGGCUGUGCGGUGGGAAGCAACAAGACAGCUUCACUGGUAUACUUGUCCAAAUGGUCAUCCCUGCACAGUUGGAGAGUGUGGUCGCCCCAUGGAACGCUCACGGUGUGUUGAUUGUGGUGUUGAAAUAGGAGGCAGCGACCACAGAUCAUUGCAAAACUUCCGUCAAGUCCAAGUUGGAGCAGACAGAACACAAACUGGCCAUUUGCUUGGAAACCCUGGUAACCGAGAAGCCACGGUGGCAUCUGAGAGGGAGAUGUCUCCAGCUGUCUUGAUUCUAAUUCGCUUGCUCACUCACUUGGCAUUGCUUCUGGGUGCCACGCAAGAUCCCCAGUCUCUACUGCAGAUCAUAAAGCCGCAGGUCCAAGAUCCAGUGAGUUUUCUCCUGCAGCAUAUUUACAAGGACUUGGAGCAACUGAUGAAUACCCUUGGGAAGAGCAUUGAUGAAACCACCACUGUCAUCCAUCUCAUUCUGUGUAGAUUUUUCAAGGAAACCCCUCAGCAUCCAGAACUUUGGUCAGCACAGUUUGAUGGUCAACUUUCUCAGAAACAAGCCAGAAACAAUUGGGAAAAAGUUGCAAAGUUCUUUAUCGUUCCUGAGCUUGAGCUUCUGGAUAAAACUCUUCUGGAGCUGAAUCAACAAAUCAGUGAGGAUGAGAGAAUUUCUUCCAACCCAGUAGUAAAAAUUAUAUAUGGAGACCCAGCAACCUUCCUGUCCAGGCUGCCAAAGAACAAAACUAUUCAUUGUUCUAAAAUAUGGAAUUGCAGGAAGAGAAUCUCUGUUGAAUACCUUGGCCAUGUUGUCCAGCAGAGAGGGGGCAAAGAUUCUGUACCCAUCUUGUGGAAGUUUUUGCAAAAGGAAGGUGAAUUGAGGCUGGUGAAAUUGUUGCCAGAAAUAUUGGCUCUGCAGAAAGACCUUGUGAAGAGGUUCCAGAAUGCUGUUGAAUUGGAAUACCGUACAAUUGCUGACUUUCUCAACAGUUUGCGUUCAGAUGCCACAAGACGUACUAUGGAAAAACAAGUCAGAACAUUUCUGUCCGUCUGGAACAAGCUGAGAAGAUCGUUGGAAACAAAUGGUGAAAUUAAACUCCCUGAAGGCUAUUGUGAUGUUGACCUCACUCUGGAGAAUGAAUUUGAGAUCCUUCUGCCUCGCAGGCGAGGUCUGGGCCUGUGUUCCACAGCCUUGGUUAGCUAUCUCAUUGGCUUGCACAAUGACUUCGUCUACACCAUAGAAAAAUCCUCAGGAGACACCAAGAGCUACUCUAUCAGCCCCGCAGAAGUGACUGAUCUGCAUGUGAUCACAUAUGAGGUGGAGAAGGAUUUAAUCCCUCUGAUUCUGUCCAACUGCCAGUAUAGUAUUGAGAAAGGAGGGGAGGGCCUCCAAGAAUUCGACCUGGAGAAAAUCCAGCAGCAGCUCACCAGCAGAUUCUUGCAGGGAAAACCCUUUAUCAAACUGACGGGCAUACCCACUUUGGUGUACAGGCAUGACCGAAACUAUGAGCAUCUUUUCAAUGAUAUCAGGAGAAAGUUGAAGCAGAGCUCCCUUCCAAACUCCACAAUUAGCAUGAUCAGUGGGGAACUGCAGUCCUACAGUGACAUCUGUGAGGCUUUGUUUGUCACUGAAAUAACUUUGGGAUUCCUGGCAAUGGCUGGGGGAGAAGCAGAGAUGGCUGUGAGUGAAUACAUUGAAAAUACCCUUCAAAUGGGCACUCAAACAAACACUCAUGUCCUGAAGGCACUGAGUCGCUGUAGCCUGAAGCACACCAUAGGCCUGUGGCAACUGCUCUGCAGCCAUAAAUCUGAGCAGCUCUUGCAGCUGAAAAGGGAUCCCUUUGCAGAGGUUGGUGAACCUUAUAAAGCUGAGCUCAAUCCAGAGAACACCAGACUCCUCAAUACCUUCCUUGCCCAGGCUGAGGUCGAGACCUUCCUCCAAAAACUGCAUGAAAUGAUAAUCCUGAAAUUGAAACUUGCCAGUGAUGGGGAUAAAUUCAGCCCUAACUGGAGCUUGAAGGACACACUUGUUCCUUAUCUUGACACGAAAGAGAUUGUGCCUGAAGAGCUACAGGAUAUGUUCUCAAAAGACAUCCAGCUUCUUGGGAAACUACAGGACUCAUUCCCGGAAGACAUUCAGGUCUCCCAGUGCAUUGCUGUCUGGAAGGUGGCUGCUGCUCUGAAGCGAGAUCAAAGACUCAGUUAAUGCAGCACAUCAAUUGGCAGAGCCACUGUCCUUCCCCAUCCCACUCCACCUCUUUUAUGAACUAUUGAAGGAUUCGUAGCGGUAGUAUUGCCUUUGUUGUAUUGAGCAAAGUGAAUUUGGGGACUCAAGGAGUUCAUGAAUUCUUGCGCUGUGUCAUGAACAACCCACAACUGUACAAAUACAGAGGAUUUUGUGCCUUAGAAACUGAAAUGUCUUACAACCUUCUUACAAUUUAGAAGUGCAAACUACGUUCUCAGGAAGAGCUCAACAAGGAGAUCAAGACCUUUUUGAGAAGCCAAUUUAGAGACCUUGCCAGAGGUCUUGAGGCACAUCUUCCUGGGGGAUCCCUGGGAUACUGAAGUAAUGUGCUACCUCACUGGUAGUUAUUUUUCCUUGGGGGAUAGGAACCUGGGAGAGAGGUGGAGAAUUAUUUGCUUCUCCCUCCCUCUAGUCUUCUACACUUCCUUACUAAUAAUUGCUACCACAGCUGCCUCUCUCUCUCAUCAGGGACAUACUUUGUUGUUCACUUUGUUUUGCCACAUUGUCAAACUGCCUGUACAGGUAAUUAGUGAGAUUCCCAGUAUUGUAAUUUGACAUUCACUGCCUAUGCAAAUACUUUUUUGUUGUUGGUGGUGAAGAGGUGAUAGAUUAAGGCUGUCUCUAGUCUGUGUCUAUCUUGGUACGGAUUGGCUUGCUUGCCUAUCCAGGCAACCUUCUUUGUGUUUAGAUGAAAGCUUUUCAAUCACCUCAAGAGAGGCUGGAUCCAUCUCUUUGAGCUGAAAAGAAGUUUUCUAACUGAAAUUCCAAUUCAGGCACAUUCCUUGUGAUCAAGUUGAAGAAGGAAAAGUAGUAAUAGUGUGCUUUCCGAAGCAGUGUGGCAUCCUUAUAAGCCCAUUAAGUUCAAUGGGCUUAGAAGGGCAUGAUUCUGCUUAGGAAGUAAUUGUAAAUAUAUUGAGCAGAGAAAAAAAAAUCAUGGUCUUUUAUUUCAUGUAGAUGGCUUGGCAACUAACUACAGCAAGUUCAGGAGCUUUGGAUCAUCUGAUUCUUGAAACAACUACCUAAAAAAACUUGAUGUUCAUUGGGAACAAAAUAAAUGUCAUUAAAAAUUACCAAAACAAACUAGGUACCACUGUUCUCUUAGGCUGAAGACAGAGUGGAAGGCACUGUUGUUGGGGGUCUUUCCCAGCUUUGCUUUGCAGCUGUUCAAAAUCUUGUGUGCUCCAGAACAGAUUUCUUAAUUCUUGCACUUCGUUCAAUAAACUAUGCUGUUUCUUUUUGAAGGGCUAAGCAAAUAUCACUUUCCCCUUUACACUUCAAAAGAUACACUCAUAAAAAUACUGCAUGCUGACAGCCUGCACAAUUUUCCCGUCCUAACUGCAUAAUCUUCUUUACUUGAAAAUCUACAUUAGAUACCAAACAUAGGUUCUGAAAUUUUUAAUAAUUCUUUUGAGUCCUUUCAGCAGUUACCUUCAAGUUCUAGUGGGUAAGGACUUGUGAACAUGGUGCUGUCAGCUACUUUGCUCUUCCGUAGAACAUGUGUCGGAUUGCAUGUUUGUGCACAGAAUGAAUGAGUUCUUGCUCAUCUUUGGAUCCGGGCAUGCAGAGCUUGCUUUCAGGGAUACUAUGUCAUUAACACAAGUGUUGCAGCUUUCUGUGCUGACAGCAGCAGUAAGCAGUGGAUUGGGCAACCAAUUUGCUGAUGGUUUUGAGAUCAUUUUCAAUCUUAUCAAUGCAUACAAAUGUGUUUUUUCUGUUUUUGCUCCUUUUGUAAUAAAUUGUUUAGCAUUUG